AUGUUUAGUCAAAUUGUAAUGAAAUCUGUCUCUUGGGACCUCUUACUGCAAGAUUUGAACAGUUAUUUUCCUAAUGAGCUAAAGUUUCAUUUAGUUAAAAUUUUAUUGAAAUUGAAGAGUUUUCACAAGCAUACAUGUGAAAAAGCUGUUAAGAAAAAACUAAAAAUCAAUGAAGAAUGGAUAAAGAAUGAUCUACUAAUAGUAGAUGCUUGUUUAGAUCGAACUUGGGAGAUGCUCAAUUCUGGUUAUUGGAAAGAUGUGCCAAUAAUUUAUAGAUACUGCUAUUCAUUAUGUUGUGUCAUUAAGUCCGCAAUAAUAGAAGUAUCAAUUGAGAGUGAAAAUAGUGAAAUGUCAGAGAAGUUUAAAGACAUUAUUCAACAAAUAGACAAAGGACUUUUAUUGGGAGCACCUUUGCCGAGUUGCCCUAAACUUUUAACAGAAAUUGCUUCAAAUUUAAACAAUCAUUAUUCGGAUUUAGUGAAAAAUCGCGAGAUUCAAGGCAGUCGCAUAACAAUAGAUAAAAAAAAUUUUUGUACAGAUAUUUUUCCAGGCUUUUUACCGAUUCCCACUUUUAGAAAACCUUCUAUGGAAAGAUUUUACCGUGAUAUUUUCAAGCCAAAAACGCCUGCUUUACUCCAAAAUUGUAUAGAACAUUGGCAAGCCCUGAGUUUAUGGAAAGAUAUUGAAUACCUUCGAAAAGUAGCCGGAAGUCGUACAGUACCGAUAGAAAUUGGCUCGCGAUAUACAGAAGAUGAUUGGACGCAAAGUUUAAUAACUUUUUCUGAGUUUCUAAAUGCUCAUAUAUCAAAGAAAAACGAACAAGUCGGUUAUUUAGCACAACAUGAACUUUUCGAUCAGAUUCCUGAAUUGAAGAAUGAUUUUACAAUACCAGAUUACUGUAGCUUCUCGGACAAAGACGACGGUGAAUACAUGCCAAAUAUAAAUGCUUGGUUCGGUCCAGAGGGAACUGUAUCACCUUUACAUCAUGACCCGAAAAAUAAUUUGCUCUGUCAGGUUUUUGGAUGUAAAAGAGUCAUUUUAUAUAGUCCAAAAGACAGUCUUAAUUUAUAUCCUUAUAAUACUCGAUUGUUAUCUAACACUGCUCAAAUUGAUCCUUAUAACGCAGAUGUUGUCAAGUAUCCCGACUUUCAGAAAGCAAGAGGAUUUAUGUGUUAUUUAACACCCGGUGAUAUUUUGUUUAUACCACCAAAAUGGUGGCAUCAUAUCGUAGGGCUCAGUACUAGUUUUUCUGUAAGUUUUUGGUGGGAUUAAGAAUCAGUAAAUUGAG